AUGAAGUACAACGAAAUAUUAGAAACGUUAGGCGAAUUUGGGUGGUAUCAGAAAAGGAUAUACUUUUUAACAUGUUUACCGCCACUAACGUGUGGAUCGCAGGCAUUGAUGGCAAUAUUUAUUUUGGCGAUUCCUGCUCAUCGAUGUCAACUACCCAGUGAAUUUUUAGAUACCCACUACUACCCUACCAAUAAUGUAACACAAUACUAUGUCAAUUCUACAAUACCAGUUGAUGAUGGGCAGUGGGCUGAAUGUGAGCAGUAUGAUGUCGGUAACUUAUCUACGUUUAACGGAAUGGAUGUAGUUAAUGGAAAUAUUUCCAGGUUGAAAUGCAAUGACUGGGUUUAUGAUACUACUAGAUAUCACAGUACUUUUGUUACAGAGCAUAACCUGAUUUGUGAUAAAGCUAUGUACAGAUCUCAUGCUAAUAUGUUAUUUAUGUUUGGUAAAAUGGUGGGAUCGUUAGUUUUUGGAAUACUAGCUGAUAUAAUUGGGCGGAAAAAAGCCUUCAUCAUUGCUCUUCUACUAGAUAUACUUUGUACAAUGGGGAAUGCUUUCUCGCCUAAUGUAGCAGUUUUUUUCAUCCUCCAAGUUGGGAUAGGCGCUUUUAACACGGCAGUUUUUAUGUCUGCAUUCGUCUUAGGAUUAGAACUUGUCGGUAAAAGUAAGCGAGUGUUUGCUGGAAUAGUCAUAGACUUCUUCUGGGUUGGUGGAUUAUUUAUACUACUGAUUUUGGCCUAUUUAUUUAGAAGUUGGGAUGAUCUUGUGAUAGCUGCAGCACUACCAAUAGUGCCUUUGAUUAUUACAUUCUGGUUCAUCCCAGAAUCAACCAGGUGGUUGGUAUCAAAAGGUCGUACAAAAGAAGCUGAGAAGAUUUUGCGUAAAGUUGCUGAAGUGAACAAAGUAGAACUUCCCGAUGAAUUAUUCGAUAAAGAUUGCUUGGAGAAAGAAACUCAAGUUAAUAUUUGGGAAAUGUUUUCAUCACCCCUCUUAGUUAUCAGAUCUUUGAUUUUAUUCUUCAAUUGGGCAGUAAUAUCUAUGGUAUAUUAUGGAUUAACUUUAAAUAUAUCUAAUCUCAGCGGGAAUAUUUAUAUCAAUUUUACUAUAUCAAAUAUUGUAGAAUUUCUAGGGUAUUGCUCUGUAUUAUUAUUUGCUGGGAGAAUUGGUAGAAAAUCGAUAUUAUGUAGUGGUAUGGUUGUUGGGGGAGCAGCCUGUGUACUCUCAAUAUUUCCAGCACUGUAUGGAAAUUCGUCACAUUAUUGGAUUACCAAUGGUUUAUCAAUGAUCGGAAAACUUGGUGUAUCAGCAUGUUUUGGAAUGAUAUUUAUUUUUAGUGCUGAAUUAUUUCCAACUGUAUUAAGAAAUUCAGGUGUUGGUCUUUGUUCAGUCAUUGCAAGAUUCGGCUCGAUGAUUGCACCUUAUAUAUCAGACUUAGGAAAGUUAUUUAAAGGUGAACUAGAACUUGCCUUACCUUUAAUAGUAUUUGGAAUAUGUUCUGUUGUUGCUGGUCUCCUUGCCUUACUGUUACCAGAAACAAUGAAUAGAAACUUACCUGACACAAUUGAAGAAGCCAAGGCAUUUGGAAGAGUACCAGUUAAACUACUUUCAGGACAUAAAAUAUGUGACUCAAGAAAGAAAGACGAAACAGUAACUGAUGAGUGA